CACAAGUACCAUGUCUUGUUCACGACACUGCGUCCGGCGCAAAAGCAGAUUUUGAGGGAGGUUUGAGGCCUCCCGACUGACUUGAAAAAGUUCCCCUCCUUGGAUGCAUUCAUAACAAUGCAGGCUCGCUAUGGCCACAGUCCGAAUAUGCGUAUGCGGCGAUGAAGGAGUCGGCAAGAGCUCCAUCAUCACCUCCCUCGUCAAAGAUGUCUUUGUUACAGCAAAGAUCCAGCCCGUCCUCCCCCAGGUGACCCUACCUCCCACCCUGGGCACCCCCGACAACGUUACCACCAUCAUCGUAGACACCUCGGCACUACCGCAUGAGCGCCACACGUUGCGAAAGGAGCUUCGCAAGUCCAACGUGAUCCUGCUGGUAUACUCGGACCAUUACAGCUAUGAACGGGUGGCGCUCUUCUGGAUGCCCUACUUCCGCUCCCUGGGCGUCAAUGUCCCAGUGGUGCUAUGCGCAAACAAGUCCGAUCUGCAGACACACGGCACGACUUCGCAGGUGGUCCACGAAGAGAUGCUCCCCAUCAUGAACGAGUUCAAGGAGAUCGAUUCCUGCAUCCGCACGAGCGCAAAGGAGCACCACAACAUCAACGAGGUCUUUUUCCUUUGCCAAAAGGCCGUCACACAUCCCAUCGCACCUCUUUACGACUCCAAGGAGGCGGCGCUCAAGCCCGCUGCGGUCUCGGCGCUGCAGAGAGUGUUCCAUCUCUGCGACAAGGACAAGGACGGCUACUGGAAUGACGAGGAGAUCCAUGAUUUUCAGAUAAAGUGUUUUGAGAAACCGUUGUCAGAUGACGAUCUGCAGAAUGUGAAAAGGUCGAUACAAAGAUUUGUACCGGAUGCGGUGGAUGAACGGGGAAUAGAUGAGAAGGGGUUUCUGCUGCUGAACAAGAUCUUUGCUGAGAAGGGUCGGCACGAGACCAUCUGGAUCAUUCUCAGGAAGUUCCACUAUACCGACAGCCUGAGCCUGCAGGACUCGUUCCUGCAUCCCAAGUUCGAUGUCCCUCAACACUCGUCCGCGGAGCUGAGCCCCGCCGGGUACCGAUUCUUUGUCGAUCUGUUCAUCAAGUUUGACAAGGAUAAUGAUGGGGGUUUGAAUGACGAAGAGCUUGCAGCGCUGUUUGCGCCCACACCAGGCAUACCUCGUUCGUGGACCGACUCGGCCUUCCCCUCCUGUACUGUCCGGAACGAGGCCGGCCACAUCACGUUGCAAGGGUGGCUUGCGCAGUGGAGUAUGACGACCUUCGAAGAGCCCAAGACAACACUGGAGUAUCUUGCAUACUUGGGGUUUGAGAGCGAUCGGGGAGGCACGACGACAGCCCUCAAAGUCACCAAACCCCGAAAACGCAGAAAUCGACCAGGUAGAGUCGAACGCAACGUCUUCCUGUGCUACGUUGUUGGAUCAAGUGGGAGUGGGAAAAGCGCCCUCCUUUCUGCCUUCCUUCAGCGGCCCUUCUCACACACUUACCAUCCUACCAUCAAGCCCCAGUCGGCCGUGAACAGUGUGGAAUUGAAAGGGGGUAAGCAGUGCUACCUGAUCUUGGAGGAGCUGGGCGAGCUGGAGACGGCAAUCUUGGAAAAUCAGGCCAAGCUGGAUGCCUGCGACCUUCUUUGUUUCACGUACGACUCGAGCGAGCCCGACAGCUUUGCGCACAUAGUGGAGCUGAGGAAGAAGUACCCGCACCUCGACCAUCUCCCUGCAGUGUACACGGCAUUGAAAGCCGACCAGGACAAGACGAUGCAACGAUGCGAGCUGCAGCCGGACGAGUACACGGCGGCACUGAACAUGUCGGCUCCCCUGCAUGUCAGUGCGACUUGGAGUAGUAUUUCCGAACUGUUUGUGCAUCUCGCUGAAUGUGCUGCAUAUCCGUCGACGGCCUUCCCCAAGCAGGAAGAGUCGUCGUCGGACAACAUGAGCCUCUAUCUGACACUGGGCGCCAUAGCGUGUGCAGCCGCGUCGGUGAUCUUCGUAUGGAAACGCAAUGCUGCGGCUUCUUCGUGAUGUGCUAGGUCUGGUGCAGUUUGAUGUCUUUAGAUGUGUAAUAGGCGUAGCGGAGUAACGAUUCGAGAAGCACGAUGGCGACUUAGUCUAGUAGUAUAAUGGUUAAUCUACCCUCCCACGGUUACCUCCAGUCUGCAUGUGCAAUCCUGAACUGAGUAGUUCAAAAAGGGGUCAAGAAGCUCAGGGCGCUUAUUAGAGAGAAGCAACUCGUUCGGCGUCCGCCGACUGUGAAACGGAACCAGUAUUUCUUGGCAGG